CUUGACAACAACUUCAUUGUCAACUUGACAGUCAAGCGUUCAAGUAAUCUUAUCUACUGAGCUUGGCAGAAGUGGCUUUCACGGCCCCUUCACAAGACCUUGAACGCUUUGGCUGAAUACUGAUAAGUCCACAACGGAGGAACCAGGUAGGGAUCGAAGCUGGGCGUACAUCAUUGACGGUGCCGAGUGGCGCAGGGAUUACGCUGUUUUGGGGACGCUUGCCUGGGGGGCGUACUCUGCUCGCACAACAUGCAGCCUCAGGCUCACAAUGCGUUGAGAAGUUGCUAAUGUGCGGGGGCUUAUCCUGCAAGGAUACUGAGAGGAGGUUGACGAGAUGAAGGUCAAAAUCAUCAAGUGGCAUGCGGUGGGCGUGUGGACAUGGGACGCUGGCGAAGACACGUGCGGGAUCUGCAGGAUGGCGUUUGACGGCUGCUGUCCAGACUGCAAGUUUGCAGGCGACGACUGCCCCCUGAUCUGGGGGGCGUGCAACCAUGCGUUCCACCUUCACUGCAUCCUGAAGUGGGUCAAUUCACAGAGCCCGCAACCCCACUGCCCCAUGUGCCGACGAGAGUGGCAAUUCCGGGCGUAGCUUGCUUCUAACAUGUGCGGUCAGACCAUUUCGUUGAGUUACCAUGGGAAACGUUUACGUGCUGCCUUCGGCAGCUUCAAGGAGACAGGAAUAAGAGCAAAAGUAUAUUUACGCUCUUCUGAACGCCUCUCUGAUAAUCUCGACCAUCAUAUAGUUGGUGGGUCAAUGUAGAACUGGCGGCCAUAGCGAUGGCCAGGCCAACAAUGUUUUCUGUGAGUGUGAGAGUACCAAGGAGAGGAUCCCAUAGCAGCAGAAAUCGGGGUCCGGACAGUUAACAGGCUGAAAUAAGAUGCCGCCGAAAUAGCACGCUGCAAUGUAGAGUGGAGCUUCUAUCUGCUGAAUCAGUGCCGCUUGUCUCGGUUCAAUGUCAGUCACAUUCCAGACAUUUCUUUGUUUAUAUUAUCUUUUGGCACUGAUCGUUGGACCUGACCCGGCGUGGCCGAUGCAGCAAUGAAAGCCCACU